GCGGCGGGCCCGGAGGACGCGCUGGCUGCUGGACUGGCUGCGGGGCCGACCCGGUGUUCGGGGCUACGGAGAGCGCGGAGCGGCCUGGGUCCGAGGGAACUCCCCAAGGUCCUGUCCGAAGGCCACAGUGACUUCACUGGAGUGGAAGGCACUGGAAGGAAGAACGGCCACCAUGUCCACAUUUAGACAGGAAGAUGUGGAAGACCACUACGAAAUGGGGGAGGAGCUGGGCAGCGGCCAGUUUGCAAUCGUGCGGAAGUGCCGGCAGAAGGGCACCGGGAAGGAGUACGCGGCCAAGUUCAUCAAGAAGCGCCGCCUGUCCUCCAGUCGCCGUGGGGUCAGCCGCGAGGAGAUCGAGCGGGAGGUGAACAUCCUGCGGGAGAUCCGGCACCCCAACAUCAUCACGCUGCAUGACAUCUUCGAGAACAAGACAGAUGUGGUGCUCAUCCUGGAGCUGGUCUCAGGCGGGGAGCUCUUUGACUUCCUGGCAGAGAAGGAGUCGCUGACGGAGGAUGAGGCCACGCAGUUCCUCAAGCAGAUCCUGGAUGGCGUGCACUACCUGCACUCCAAGCGCAUUGCCCACUUUGACCUCAAGCCAGAAAACAUCAUGCUCUUGGAUAAGAAUGUUCCCAACCCACGGAUCAAGCUCAUUGACUUUGGCAUCGCCCACAAGAUUGAAGCAGGGAAUGAGUUCAAGAACAUCUUUGGCACCCCAGAGUUUGUGGCUCCUGAGAUCGUCAACUAUGAGCCCCUGGGUCUGGAGGCGGACAUGUGGAGCAUUGGCGUCAUCACCUACAUCCUCUUGAGUGGUGCGUCCCCGUUCCUGGGUGAAACCAAGCAGGAGACCCUGACCAACAUCUCUGCUGUGAAUUACGACUUCGACGAGGAAUACUUCAGCACCACCAGCGAGCUGGCCAAAGACUUCAUCCGCCGACUGCUUGUCAAAGACCCCAAGAGGAGAAUGACCAUUGAUCAAAGCCUGGAGCAUUCCUGGAUCAAGGCCAUCCGGCGGCGCAAUGUGCGCCGGGAGGACAGUGGCAAGAAGCCAGAGCGGCGGCGCCUGAAGACAGCGCGCCUCAAGGAGUACACCAUCAAAUCGCACUCAAGCAUGCCCCCCAACAACACGUACAUCAACUUCGAGCGCUUCUCCAAGGUGCUGGAGGAAGUGGCGGCGGCUGAGGAGGGCCUGCGCGGGCUGGAGCACAGCCGGCGCCUAUGCCAUGAGGACGUUGAGGCUCUGACCGCCAUCUACGAAGAGAAGGAGGCCUGGUACCGGGAGGAGCACGAGACCAUCGGCCAGGACCUCCGGCGCCUGCGGCAGGAGCUGCACAAGACUGAGGCGCUCAAGAGGCAGGCCCAGGAGGAGGCCAAGGGGGCUCUGUUGGGGGCCAACGGGCUCAAGCGCCGCUUCAGCCGCCUGGAGAACCGCUACGAGGCCCUGGCCAAGCAGGUGGCCUCCGAGAUGCGGUUUGUGCAGGAUUUGGUGCGUGCUAUGGAGCAGGAGAAGCUGCAGGGUGGGGAGUGUGGCCUCCGCUAGGGCCCUGGGGGGUGGGAGGGGAGGCAGCUGGGGAGGACAGGCCAGCCUGCGCUGUGGGGCCAGGGGAACUGGAACCCAGGAAUUCAUGGCCUGAUGGAGGGGCUCGGUUUGCUCUGGGCCCUGCCCCAGGAAGACUUGGCUGGUCUGGGCCUGCAGACUACCUUCUGUCCAGCUUAGCUGCUUUCCUGAGACAUUGGUGACUCGGGGGUCUUUGGAGGCCUCGUGGCCUUGGGGACUGAGAACUCUGCAAAGGUUAGUACCGCCAAGAUGGAAGUGGCCAUGGAGGACAGAGGUGCUGCACACCUGGCUGUGGGCAGGGUGGCAACGUUCCUGUCUAGGGCCUGGGCUGGGGGCUCCAGGUGGUCAAAGCACACAGCAGGGCCUGGGUCUGUGUUCAGCCCCUCCACGCCAGUCCAAGUUCUCAGGAAGGGUUUGCCAACUGUCCCCACCCUCCAGCUCCCUGAGCUGGGAAUUGAGGGGCCUCUGAACACAACUCUUGUGAUCCCCGAGGCCCUCACCCUGCCCUGACCCUGGGUAGGCACAAGGCUCAGAGUUUGAGAGUAGUCCUCCAGGUGCCCAGAACCCCCAGUGCAUUUUAAUUUCUGGGGUAAGCUGCCCUAGACCAGGUGUGUGUGUGGGGGGGUGCCAUGGGCCAUGCCACCAUGCAUUGCCAGGGGCUGCCCUCAAGCUGGGUCUGCCUCCAGAGGACUUUGCCUGCCGCUGAGGCUCUGUGAGGAGCAGGGCCCUGGCCCAUGACUGCUCUGCAGCAGGUUAUGCCUCUCAGGGGGGCCCUGAGCAGCCCCCUACUCUUCCUCAAGCCCAAGAGGAGUUCUCAGGACAGAGGCCAGCCUGGACCGAGUGCAGGGACAGACUAGGAAGGGAGGCUGGUUCUCUAAAUGGGACCGCCUGAAGGGUCCCCAGGGCCUCUGGGUGUAGCAUGGCCCAGCCCCAGGACUUGCGGGUCCUGUGCGUGCCCCUCCGAGGGCGCCCUGGUGUCGCUGUGCAUGUCUCCGCAGCACUUGCCUGUUGAAAGCCUAAAGGAAAUAAAGCCUGUUUCCUGCUGCCCGGCUGCUCGGCUCAGGCACACGCCCUCUUGGCUCCCGGGUCUCUUCUGUCCACUGCUGCGCCCCGGGGCUCCUUGGGAAGAAGAGGGAGAACCUGGGAGGCCGCCCCACUCUUGGGGCUUGGCUGGUUUCUGGUUUUUUGGUUGUAGCAAGAUGGAAGCUCCCAGGUGUCCAGUGUGGGCCCAGAGGCGUUUUCUUUCCUUUCGUGCUGCCUCAGAAGCUGCAGGUUCACAGUACGGGCUGCACCCUUGCUGCUCCUGCACCACCUCGGUCCGGAAUGUGGCUCCAAGGGAAUGUGGCUCCAGAGGGAAUCCUUACCCUCCCCCGGGAGCUCUGACUUUCCAUAGCCCCAUUAUCCUUCCGGUAGCUCCUUCCGGACACCAAGGGGCAUGUUUUCCUUUUUUUACUUAAAACAAAAAUGAGACAAUACCAUCAAUUCGUGUUUUAAUAUUUUCGAUGUUUUUGAUGGACAGCCUUGAGUUUUAACGUUUCAGUCCCUCUCAACGCCGCGAAUGCUCAGACCAUAUGGCUGUUCCUUCAGCACGUGGCUGGCCUUUCCAGCCCUUGUCAGGUAGGAUUUGGCCUGGCACAUGACUCGGGUCCCUCAGGGGCUUUCCUGGGGGGCGAGGCCCUGAGCUUGUGGGGUCUGGCACUAUGGGUAGGUCAGGGGCAGCGCUGCUGGAUGUGAAGGAAAACCCUGUUUGCUCACAAGGGUUGAGAGUAAAGAAAGGGAGUCCUCUUUUGCAUUCCGAUUCAAUUGUGUAGCCCUGGGCCCAGCUGGCAAAGGGGUAAGUUGGUGAUACAUGCAAGGUGGCUAUGGUGGGGUGAACUGUGUCCCCCCAAAGGAGAUGUUGAGGUCCUAACCCCCAGAACUGGGAGUGUGUGAUCACAUUUGAAAACGGGAUCUUUGCAGAUAGAAUUAAGAUGAGAGCAGACUGGACUUGGGGCUGGGGGCUCCUAAUCCGGUGACUGUGUGUGUGAGGCCACAAGAAGCAACAGACACGGGCAAGGCCACGUGAGGAUGGAGGCCGAAACAGGAGCUAUGUGGCCACCCACUGAGGGCUGCCGGCGUUGCCUGCAACACCAGAAGCUGGGAGAAGCAGGGAGGAUCCUCCCUGGAGCCUUUGGAGGGUUCACAGCCCUGGGAUGCCUUGAUUUUGCACUUCUGCAUUCCCGAUCGGAGAGAGAAUAGACUCCUGUUGUGUAAAGCUGCCCAAUUUUCUGACAUUGCUCCAGAAACCACAGCAAACACAGGCUCCGGGGUUGAAACAAAGCCGUCUUGGGCAUCCGCAGUUGGACACAGCACCCGGCACACAGGGAUAUUCAUAGCCAACCCCGAGGUCAUUUCUACAGUUGGUCCAUACCUGGCAGUUCCAGACCUCAGCUCCCCCAAGCCCAUGUGUCACUGGUGUGGUUUCCAGGUGGAAAAAUACAUUGACAACCCUGACAGGGCCCCAGCCUCCCCUGCAAAACCUGGCCCUGAAGGAGUCCCCACCUUCAGGAUGCGACGACAGGGCAGCGCCAGACAGCUCCCCAUGCAGGCAGACCACCCACCGGGCACACCAGUGGCCAGGGAGAGCAUGUGGAAG